UUUUCUUUUUUCACUGCAUUUUGCAGUGUUAAAACAAAUGAAAAUUUUAUUUUCUUCAAAAACAAUAAAUAAAAAACACCAUUAAAAUGGAUGAAUUAAAGAAAUUAGAACAUCUUUCUUUAGUUUCAAAAAUUUGCACAGAAUUAGACAACCAUUUGGGCAUAAACGACAAAGAUUUGGCCGAGUUUAUCAUCGAUUUGGCUGAAAAGAAUCGAAAUUUCGAAUCGUUUAAAAAAGUUCUCCUUGAAAAUGGAGCCGAAUUUCCCGAUUCAUUUGUUACAAAUUUAUUGCGAAUUAUUCAAUUGAUGAAACCUUCCGAUGAGAGUGGUCCAAGUGGAAGCAUUGAUUUCUUGGAAGGUGAUAAAAAAAGCAAAAUGGCACAACUUUUUCCUGGACUAGCCAUACCUAAUGAAAAGGUAAAAUCAGAUGAUGAAGAUGAAGAGAAAGAAAAACCCAAUGUCACGGACGAAGUUGACGACGCAAUGGCAGAGCUGGAAGCAUUAGCUCCAAGCAAUCUUCAAAAUCUGAGAGAAAAACUCGACGAAAAGAAAUUGUCACGAAGAACAAAAUCUAGGUCACCAUCGCGUGAACGUAAACGUGGAAAAUCACGAAGUCGUUCUAAAGAAAGAACCCGGAUGCAAAGGAGCAGGUCUAGAGACAAAAGACAUAGAAGUAGAUCAAGAGAUAAGCGAAGAAGUAAAUCGAGAACUCGUAGACGAAGUAAGUCUAGAGAUAGGAAUCGCAGUAAAUCAAAAGACCGACGUCGAAGUCGUUCAAAGAACAGACGCAGUCGAUCUCGAGAUAGAAACCAGAGACACAAAAACCGAGACAGAUCCAGAGAUCGGAGACAAAGACGUAGCUCGUCGAGAGAUCGUCAUAGAAGUCGGCGAUCUCGAACUCCAGAUCGCCACAGAAGAACCGACCGAGAUCGGAGUCCGCAGAGGGACAAACGGCGUAGCCCGACUCCAAUGCCAGAUGAUCCCGAGCCUGGCAAAGUUUACACAGCCAAAGUAGCAAAUAUUGUCCCAUUUGGUUGCUUUGUUCAGUUAUUCGGCCUGCGAAAGCGUUGGGAAGGCUUGGUCCAUAUAUCUCAACUACGCUCGGAAGGUCGUGUGACUGAUGUCACCGAAGUUGUCAAUCGGGGGUCAAUGGUUAAAGUUAAGGUCAUAUCGAUUACUGGACAAAAGGUAUCAUUGUCAAUGAAAGAAGUCGAUCAAGUCUCUGGGGAAGAUUUGAAUCCAUUGUCACAUGCUCCAAACAAAGAUCAGGAUUGUAGAGAUCGAAAUCCUGAUCGACCAAUUGGAGGAACAUCAAUGUUGCAGUUGCAAGGCAAUGUUGAUAAUGAAGAUGACGAAAGUCGUAAACGAGUAACGCGUAUUUCUAGCCCUGAGAGAUGGGAGAUUAAACAAAUGAUAUCGUCGGGAGUUAUUGAUCGAAGCGAGUUGCCUGAUUUUGAUGAGGAAACUGGGUUAUUGCCAAAAGACGAAGAUGAUGAAGCUGAUAUUGAAAUUGAAAUCGUUGAAGAAGAACCACCAUUUCUUGCUGGCCACGGUAGAGCACUGCAUGAUCUAUCACCCGUACGAAUUGUUAAGAAUCCCGAUGGUUCAUUAGCACAAGCUGCUAUGAUGCAGUCUGCCUUGGCUAAAGAGCGAAGAGAACAAAAAAUGCUGCAACGCGAACAAGAAAUGGAUUCCAUUCCAACAAGUUUGAAUAAAAAUUGGAUUGAUCCUCUUCCGGAGGAAGAUAGUCGUGCGCUUGCUGCAAAUGUUCGUGGAGUUGGAUUGGCUCCGGUUGAAGUACCCGAAUGGAAAAAGCACGUAAUUGGUGGUAAAAAGUCAUCGUUUGGUAAGAAAACGGAUAUGACACUUGUUGAACAACGACAAUCGCUUCCAAUUUAUAAAUUACGAGAUGAUUUGAUUAAGGCUGUAACGGAUAAUCAAAUUCUUAUUGUAAUUGGUGAAACUGGAUCUGGCAAAACUACUCAAAUAACACAAUACUUGGCUGAAUGUGGAUUUACUGCCCGUGGAAAAAUUGGUUGUACACAACCUCGACGUGUUGCUGCAAUGUCAGUGGCUAAACGUGUUGCAGAAGAAUUUGGUUGUCGAUUGGGACAGGAAGUCGGUUAUACAAUUCGUUUUGAAGAUUGUACAAGUCCUGAAACUGUUAUCAAAUACAUGACAGAUGGUAUGUUGCUGCGUGAAUGUCUUAUGGAAUUCGAUUUAAAGUCUUAUUCUGUUAUUAUGUUGGACGAGGCUCACGAGAGAACUAUUCACACAGAUGUACUCUUUGGUUUACUAAAAACGGCUGUUCAAAAACGUCCCGAAUUGAAACUCAUUGUCACCUCAGCAACUUUGGAUGCUGUUAAGUUUUCCCAAUAUUUCUUUGAAGCACCUAUCUUCACCAUUCCUGGCAGAACAUUCCCCGUAGAGGUCUUAUAUACAAAAGAACCCGAAACAGACUACCUGGAUGCCUCGCUUAUAACUGUUAUGCAAAUCCAUCUAAGAGAACCACCUGGCGAUAUUCUUCUCUUUCUUACAGGUCAAGAAGAAAUCGAUACAGCUUGUGAGAUUUUAUACGAACGCAUGAAAAGUCUUGGUCCAGAUGUUCCCGAGUUGAUUAUUCUGCCAGUUUACUCAGCAUUGCCAUCAGAAAUGCAAACUAGAAUUUUUGAUCCAGCUCCAGCUGGAAGUAGAAAAGUCGUUAUCGCAACAAACAUUGCUGAAACAUCUCUAACCAUUGAUGGAAUUUACUACGUAGUAGAUCCAGGUUUUGUAAAACAAAAGGUUUACAAUUCAAAAACUGGAAUGGACUCGUUGGUGGUAACACCGAUUUCUCAAGCAGCUGCCAAGCAAAGGGCAGGCCGUGCUGGACGUACCGGACCUGGCAAGACCUAUCGAUUAUACACAGAACGUGCUUAUCGUGAUGAGAUGUUGCCGACUCCAGUUCCAGAAAUACAACGAACCAAUUUGGCGACCACCGUGUUGCAAUUGAAAACUAUGGGUAUCAACGAUUUGCUUCACUUUGAUUUCAUGGACGCUCCACCAGUAGAAUCAUUGGUUAUGGCUUUGGAGCAACUUCAUUCGCUCUCUGCUCUAGAUGAUGAGGGUCUUUUAACACGUUUAGGUAGACGAAUGGCUGAGUUCCCAUUGGAACCCAAUCUCUCAAAAAUGCUCAUUAUGUCAGUAGCUCUACAGUGUUCUGAUGAAAUUCUGACAAUAGUAUCCAUGCUGAGCGUACAAAAUGUUUUCUAUCGGCCCAAGGACAAGCAAUCAUUAGCCGAUCAAAAGAAAGCCAAAUUCAAUCAAGCCGAAGGUGAUCAUUUAACUCUUCUGGCAGUGUAUAACAGUUGGAAAAAUAACAAGUUCUCGAAUGCUUGGUGUUACGAAAAUUUUGUGCAGAUAAGAACUCUCAAACGGUCACAAGAUGUACGCAAGCAACUUCUAGGUAUCAUGGACAGACAUAAGUUGGACGUUGUAUCGGCUGGUAAGAACACAGUACGAGUACAAAAAGCCAUUUGUUCUGGUUUCUUCCGAAACGCAGCAAAAAAAGAUCCACAAGAAGGUUAUAGAACUUUGGUAGACUCUCAAGUUGUUUAUAUUCACCCUUCAAGUGCGCUAUUCAAUCGACAACCAGAGUGGGUAGUUUAUCAUGAACUUGUUCAAACAACUAAAGAGUAUAUGCGUGAAGUGACGACAAUUGAUCCGAAAUGGUUGGUUGAGUUUGCUUCUUCAUUCUUUAGAUUCUCCGAUCCAACCAAGCUUAGUAAGUUUAAGAAAAAUCAACGUCUUGAGCCGUUAUAUAAUAAAUAUGAAGAGCCAAAUGCAUGGAGAAUAUCCAGAGUUCGUCGAAGGAGAAAUUAAAGUGUUUUAUUGGAUUUAGAAUUUAAAAAUAAAUAUUUUCUGGCUUGAAAGCAAAUAAAAAAAAAUGCAAAUAAAAAAAACAUCUAGAGAUAGGAAACUAAACAUAUUGAACU